GCAGAUGGCAUUGUUCUGCAAGGUUGCUGAUGGCCAUUAUUAAGCUUCCCACUUCUUCAGCCUGAGAGAUGACGACAUGCUUCACUGUAACUCCACCAAAGAAUUUCUGGGCUUAGUGCUCAUUGUAACAAAAACGAUUGGCCCAGCAGUAGAGAGGGCGGGGUGUGCAGUGGUGCAUUUGCAGGGGACAAGUCCGCCUCCUCAAUACAUGCUAAUUUCAUCAAAGCUAGAAUGAAGAUUCUAUUCUUCAUUCUGGAGGCUCUCCAACUCCCUUUGAAGUUCAUAAAGUUCCUUACUGGCCCUCUGAGGAAAAAAGCAGCUGCCGCCUGGCCUGCUCCACUUCCUCCUCCACACGGCCCAAACGCCGCAGCAGCUGCUGUGGUCUGUGGGCAAAGCAUCAGGACACACUUGAUGUCUGCCGGCUCUUCUGGGAUGAUUGCAAUCAACGGAUGUGGUUCGCUUUACCGGAGACUCAACGUGGAUGUGAAAAACAGGCUGGCUGUUGAUCUUUUCUGCGCUUCGGGGGACAAUGUGCAACACCUCAGAACCAAAUCAUCUUUUGACAACAAUGAUGGGGAUGAUGAAGAUGGUAAUAACGACAAUGAAGUAACGUCGAGACUCGGAGGAGACAGCAGGGGAAUUAACGUGACGUCACACGCCGCGGACAUUGACCCAGUGGUCCAGGCCAUUCAAGGGGGGGAUGCGGAGGCCGUAAAGAAGCAGGCAGCGUCUUCCUCUCACAGUCUGAUGAGGGAGAACAAAGAAGGCUGGAUCCCUUUGCAUCAUGCAGCCUUCGGCGGACAGUAUGAGUGCUUGAGGACCUUGCUGAAUGCACAUCCAAGUUCUGCAGACAAACGUACCCUGCAGGAACAGACGGGCUUACUGCUUGCUGCUUCCGGUGAUCAUUUGUUGUGUGUGAAGUGUCUGCUGGAGGCUGGAGCUGAUCCUGACAUCUGCAACAAAAACAAAGAAACCCCUUUGUACACAGCCUGCAGGUUGGACAAUUCGGACAUGGUGCGCCUCAUCCUCUCGUUCGGGGCCUCUGUGAACCAGAGGUGUGCUCAGGGAUGGACAGCCCUUCACGAGGCCGUAUCCAGGAACAACACAACGCUGUGUGACAUUCUCGUCGGGGCCGGAGCCACGAUUAACCCCUCGAACACCUACAGCAUUACGCCACUCAUUGUAGCAGCCUGGCUGGGUCGCUUGAAAGCGCUGAAUUACCUCAUUGGAAAGGGUGCUGAUGUGAACAUGCAGACUUGCGACGGUGUGACGGCGCUGCAUGAGGCCAGUAAAAAUGGCCACAAGGAAAUUGUGGCAGUGUUGCUGUCCAGAAAUGCAGACGCAAAUAAGACGACUGCCUCAGGAUUGCUCCCUCUGCAUGUUGCAGCGCAACACGGAAACCAAGAGGUGGUGAGCCUGCUCGUCCCCGUGACGAGUCGCAGCAGGCUCCGGCACAGCGGGAUCAGCCCUCUGCACUUGGCAGCUGAGCACAACAGGCCGCAAGUGGCAGUUGUGCUCCUCAAGGCAGGCGCAGAUGUCAAUGCCACACUGGCCUCCACGCGCUCGGCACGCUAUUCAGACGGACGCACUACGGCUCUCGGCUUCGCCGUCGCCAACGGGUCGGCGGAGACCGCCGAGGUGCUCCUGAACGCCGGUGCCACCACAGACCUGGACCCCGUUAGCCCUUUGCUGCUUGCCGUGCAAAGGGGUAGCGCAGCCACCGUUUCGCUGCUCCUGCAGAAGGGGGCCGACGUCAAUGCAAGAAUCCCGUCCUGGGUCACGACGUUCCCACCGGUUGUUGCUCUCUGCAUGGAUAACCUGCCUCUACUCAAGUGUCUUCUGAACAGCGGCUGUGACGCCCUCUCCUGCUUCUUCUGCCCAUACGGCGGAGCCCCUCAUCCGGAACAUUCCCAUAUUAGAGCCAUUGGCGACCUGUCUUCCUUAAACUCCAGUGGACCAGCACAUGAAGCAACACAGUUCUGUGAAUGGAUUUCAUCAUCAUUUAUGAGCAAAUGGGCUGGACCCAUCGUAGACAUGCUGCUGGAGCACGUCACUCAUGUUCAGCUGUGCAGCAAACUCUCUCAACUCCUUGAGAGCCGCCACGAAUGGGUCGCUGUGAAGAGGAAGUCGUUGUCACCUCGUCCACUGCGUCAUCUCUGCAGAAUGAAUGUUCGCAGCCACGUGGGCCCACACAGACUGAAAUUCCUUUCAAGUUUACCUCUACCGGGACGACUGAUUGCGUACCUCACUGCGAUGGAUUGAUGACAUUAAGAUGAGUUCACAAGACAUCUCAGUCUUUAAGUACAUUUAUAUUUGUCUGUCUUUUUGAAAACCCAAUAUAUCUCAUCUGGAUGAUAUGUAUAUUUAUAAACCCUGUGAUGUGGCUU